AAUUACCUAAACAGAAACUGAUCAAUCAAAUCAAUAACAUAUUUAAAUGAAAGCUUACUACGUUCUUUUAACCCCAGCGUUCUUCUGCAUAGUGUCUUGUGCUCCAUAUUGCGGCCCGGCCGGAGAUCGCAGCGGCAGCGACAAAGCUCGUGGUCAGCAGGCUUCAAAUAUAGCCCAAAAGGCAGCCCAAGAAGCCAAAGCCGCCGAGGAUGCCCAACAACAAGCGGGCCAACAAGCAGCCCGCCAAGUUAAGGAACAACUGGCUGAAAAAGCCAUGGAAGCCGCGAAGGCAGCCGAAGCGGCUCUCUCAGGCAAGGAAGCCUUAGUGGAGCAGCUUCAAGAAGAGAUCAAAGAAGCCGAAAUGGUCGUUAACGAGGAAGGUUCGAGUAUGCAACAACUGCAACAAACCGUCCAAUCGGCCAAUAAGGCCGCUCAGCAAGCCCAGGCGGAAUUGAAGCUGCUGCAAACCUCGUUCCAAUUGGCCCAAGGUAACGCAGCCAAUGCUCAACAGGCUUUGGAUGGUAUAACAGCUCAGUUAAACGAAAAAGAGCAAUUGUUGGAUGCUGCUCGAGCGAAACUAGAUCAAUUGAACAAACAGGUGCAAAGUUCCAAAGUUGAUUUGGCUAAAACCAAGGAUGCUGCCAGGAAAGCGGAAACUUCCGCAGCCGAAGCUAAACAGAACGCGUCAAGAACGAAGAGAGAAGCGAUAAAUUAUGCAGUGAAUAAUAUACGAGAAAAAAGGAAUAAUGAUUCAAAACAAGGGUAAUUGUUCGGUCUUUUACACAUUCAUUUAUUUUAAGUUAUCAUCUUUUUUUUUUGUAAGCAGUAUAAAUAUUUGGC